GUGAGCGGUUAUCAUCAAGUCAAGCUAAAUCACCUUCCAAUGUCUCAACGUUAUUACUGUACUGUAAUUCCCUCCCAUCUCUCUCUCUCUCUCUCUCUCUCUCUCUCUCUCUCUCUAAAAUUUACGAUGAAUCAAAACCUCUGCACCUUCAUUCUGAUCUUCCUUCUCUCAGCAGAAACCCCAGCAUUUGCAGUGAACUUUUACUACCAAAACUGCAGCGUCCCCACAACUUGUGGCCGCCUAAAGAUCAGCUACCCGUUCUACAUCCAAGGCCAAGACUUCUGCGGCUACCCUGGCUUCCAGCUCUCCUGCCAGGGCGGCGCAGACGACAACGAAGAAGAAGCCAACCCACUUCUCCGGUUGUCUGGAGACGAUUACAUAAUUCACAACAUCAUUUACGAAAGCCAGACUCUUGUCGUCUCAAAUGCUCUACUUUCGCUCUACUUGGACAACUCUUCCUGCGCUAAUCUCUCACUGAUCCAUAAUUUAACGAUCCCUAAUGAACAGUUUGAGCUGGCUCCAAAGCAAGAUCAGUUCUUUCUGCUCUACAACUGCAACCCUUCGUUUGUCGAUUCUUUUCCAAAGUACAAGAUUGGUUGUAAUAACACUUCGGUUCUUGCUCUGCCUGGGCAGAUAUAUCCGAAAUUUGGAGGUCUUGUGGAGGUUGAAAAGUGUGGAUCGAGUGAGGUGGCGGUGGUGUAUGGUGGAGGGUAUGGGAAUGAUGAGGCGGCGGGAAUGAAGGAAGUGUUGGGAAGAGGGUUUGAGAUGAAAUGGCUGGAUCCUGACUGCAGCCGCUGCCAGGGGAGUGGAGGGCUAUGUGGGUUUAACUACACCACCCGCCAUUUUAGGUGCCUCUGCCCCGAUAGGACUAGAUCUGUGAGCUGUGGUGACGAAGACGGUGGAGGACCUGGAACUGGAAACUUAGUCACUAAAGUCUCAAUAGCAGGUGCAGUUGCUGGUCUCAUAUUUCUAUUCGUUAUCGUCUGCUGCUUAAGAAGAAAGUUGUCAUCAUAUAGAUUUCUUUUCUUUUGGAAGAAGCAAAACAAAAAUCGUCAAAUUGUAGAGGCCUUUCUAAGGAGCUACGGGCCGCUUCAAGUACGAAGGUAUAGCUAUUUGGAGGUCAAGAACAUGACCAACUUCUUCAAAGAAAAAUUAGGACGUGGAGGCUACGGUGCUGUUUACAAAGGAAAGUUAAAGGACGGCUGUCUUGUAGCAGUGAAGGUCUUGACCAAACUAACAGGAGACGGAGCAGAAUUUAUGAAUGAAGUGGCAGCCAUUAGUAGAACUUCCCAUGUCAACGUCGUCGCCUUGUUAGGCUUUUGUUUUGAGGGUUCCAAAAGAGCUCUCAUCUAUGAAUUCAUGCCUAAUGGAUCUCUAGAGAAAUUCAUAUUUGAUUCAAAUACUCCCAAUAUAGGUCAUGAUCACUUGGGAUGGGAAGCAUUGGAUCAAAUUUCACUUGGCGUUGCUCAAGGCUUGGAGUAUCUACAUCGUGGUUGCAGCACAAGAAUUUUGCAUUUCGACAUCAAACCUCACAACAUUCUUCUCGAUGAAAACUUCACCCCGAAAAUCUCGGAUUUUGGCCUUGCCAAAAUAUGCAACAGGAAAGAGAGCAUUGUCUCAAUGUUGGGCGCUAGAGGUACAACAGGUUACAUUGCUCCAGAAGUAUUUUCUAGAAACUUUGGAAAUGUCUCACACAAGUCAGAUGUGUACAGCUACGGAAUGAUGCUUUCAGCGAUGGUUGGAGGAAGAAGGAACAUCGAUGCUGAAGCUGAAAAUACAAGUGAAAUAUAUUUUCCGCAUUGGAUUUACAAGCGUCUUGAACUGGACGAAGAGCUUGGGCUGCAGAGUGUUGCAAACGAGGAAGACAAAGCAAGAGCAAGGAAGAUGAUCAUAGUGAGCUUGUGGUGCAUACAAACUGAUCCUUCAAAACGGCCAGCGAUGAAGGAAGUGAUCGAUAUGUUAGAAGGGAGUGUUGAUUCGUUGCAGAUACCUCCCAAGCCUUACUUAUAUUCUCCUCCAAAAUCCCCGGCGGAUUCUUCAACCACAUUGGUAUCAAUAAAGUAGAAACCUUAUGCCUUACUUGAACAAAUCUAUGUUUUUCUGAGGCCAUCGAAAUAAUGAAGCAUGCGUUUGAUGUU